AUGUGUUUUGAUUUUUUCGAACAAGAGAGGUUUGAUGCUUUUGAAUUCAUUGUAUUAAUUUCACUUCCUACUCGCAGUAUGCUCUUUAUGAUCUCGGCUCAUGAUCUAAUUGCCAUGUAUUUAGCUAUUGAGCCUCAAAGUUUAUGUUUUUAUGUGAUCGCAGCAUCAAAAAGAAAGUCUGAAUUUUCUACGGAAGCCGGCUCGAAAUAUUUGAUCUUAGACUUCAUUGGUUGUGAUAUUGAUCUUACGCAGGUUCUGAAAGAAAGAAUAGAAAGACUUGUAGAGACCCUCUAUGUAGUUGUCUAUCUAGGGGGCGAUCGAUCUACAUCUUUCUCUAUAGUCCUGGGGCUGUGUCUCGAUCUCCUACGUGCGAAAUCAGAAGGACUAGUUCCUACUUGA